CAGACUGGGCCUUGGGAACUUUUAAAAGAUUUCAGAAGGAACCUGGUCCUGUAUGAGGGAGCAGUAAAAUGUGAUGCUGACCAGAUCCAGUCCUCCAAAUUAGAAGUCAUUUCCUGCGUGAUCUUGACAUUUACAUCACAGCAGCCCUUCUUCAACAGGCGAAGGACCUUGUUUUCAUAAUGAGAAGUAUAAUGUCCCAGGAGAGCAGCUAUGGGAGGUGGACGAUAUCCAGUAGUGACGAAAGCGAGGAUGAAAAGCCCAAACCUGACAAGCCAUCAACAUCCUGUCUCCCCCAGGCAAGGCAGGGGGCAGUGAAGGAGCCCACGUACACCUGCUCAGAGGCCCGCAAGGCUGCGCACAAGAGACAGCUCUCACCUGUGAAAUUCAGCCACACAGACUCAGUGGUACCGCCCAAAAAGCCAAAGAGCGAUUCCACAGAAGGUCUCGGCUGGUGUCUGUCCAGCAGCGAUGAUGAACAGCAGCCAGAGACACAGCAGGAACAGCCUAAGCGCAUGGUGGUUCAAGAGAAAAAACAUGUCUCCUCGCCCAACGUGACCACUGCCCAGAAAGCUGUAGAUCGCAGCCCUCCUGCCAGCCAUAGGCCUCAAAGGGCAGACGAUGAGUACGAGACCUCAGGGGAAGGCCAGGACAUCUGGGACAUGCUGGAUAAAGGGAACCCCUUCCAAUUUUACCUCACUCGAGUCUCAGGGAUUAAGGCCAAGUACAACUCCAAAGCCCUCCACAUCAAGGAUAUUUUAUCCCCUCUGUUUGGGACCCUUGUCUCUUCAGCUCAGUUUAACUACUGCUUUGAUGUGGACUGGCUCGUAAAGCAGUAUCCACCAGAAUUCAGGAAGAAACCCAUCCUGCUCGUGCACGGCGAUAAGAGAGAAGCCAAGGCGCACUUGCACGCCCAGGCAAAACCCUACGCAAACGUUUCCCUGUGCCAGGCAAAAUUGGAUAUUGCAUUUGGAACACACCACACGAAAAUGAUGCUCUUGCUCUAUGAAGAAGGCCUCCGAGUCGUCAUCCACACCUCCAACCUCAUCCGGGAAGACUGGCACCAGAAAACCCAAGGCAUAUGGUUGAGCCCUUUGUACCCACGAGUUGACCAGGGAAACCACACAUCUGGAGAGUCAAGCACCCAUUUUAAAGCUGACCUCAUCAGUUAUUUGACGGCGUACAAUGAUCCGUCUCUCCAGGAGUGGAUAGACACCAUCCGAGAGCACGAUCUCUCUGAAACCAAUGUUUACCUUAUUGGCUCAACCCCUGGACGCUUUCAAGGAAGUCACAAAGAUAACUGGGGACAUUUUAGGCUUAGGAAGCUUCUGCGGAUGCAUGCCCCAUCUGUACCUAAAGGCGAGUGCUGGCCCAUUGUGGGUCAGUUUUCAAGCAUUGGUUCCCUGGGGCCUGAUGAGUCCAAGUGGCUGUGCUCAGAGUUUAAAGAGAGCUUGUUGGCACUGGGAGAGGACGGCAGAACUCCGGGAAAAAGUACAGUUCCUCUUCAUCUGAUCUAUCCUUCUGUGGAAAAUGUGCGGACCAGCUUAGAAGGAUAUCCUGCCGGGGGCUCUCUUCCCUAUGGCAUCCAGACAGCUGAAAAACAGAAUUGGCUGCAUUCCUAUUUUCACAAGUGGUCCGCAGAGACUUCUGGCCGAAGCAAUGCCAUGCCACAUAUUAAGACGUACAUGAGGCUCUCAUCAGACUUCAGUAGACUGGCUUGGUUUCUUGUGACAAGCGCGAAUCUGUCCAAGGCCGCCUGGGGAGCACUGGAGAAGAACGGCACCCAGCUGAUGAUCCGCUCCUACGAGCUUGGGGUUCUUUUCCUCCCGCCGGCAUUUGGCCUGGAUACCUUCAAAGUGAAGCAGAAAUUCUUCUCCAGCAGCUGUGAGCCAGCGGCCUCCUUUCCGGUGCCCUAUGACCUGCCCCCGGAGCUCUACGGGAGUAAAGAUCGGCCGUGGAUCUGGAACAUUCCUUAUGUCAAAGCACCUGAUACACACGGGAACAUGUGGGUGCCUUCCUGAGACAAAGUACUGUGAAGUUUGAGUGUAAGACGUUGAAUGUUCCUGUUUGUACUGAUUGUUCACCGCCCUUUAAAUCUUCUUAUUUGCACCCAUACAAAACUCUUUGCAAAAGUCAGUCUUGGUUAUGUGUCUGAUGGUCAUUGUCAACAUCCUCCCUAAGAAAGAGAAGUGUUAUUUUCUUAACUCACUUUUAUAUGUUCUUGAAAUCAAGCUAUUAAACUUCAUACUGUUUAA